CAUUGAUGAAGCGUACCUUAGAGUUGGCAAGUGGUUUCUCAGUUGCUGAUCUCUUCCCUUCGCUGAAAUUCGUUCAAGUGAUCACUGGCAUAAAGGCUAAGAUUGAUGGAGUGAACAAGGAGCUUGAUCUGAUCGUAGGGAAUAUCAUCAACGAUCAUGGAGAAAUGAAGAAUCGCAGUGGUCAUAUUGGUAACACAGAGGAUCUGGUUGAUGUUUUCCUGAGGAUUCAAAAGGAAAAUAACCUUGAAAUCCCUUUGACUGAUAGGAACAUUAAAGCUAUUAUAGUGGAUGUUUUCCUUGGUGGAACUGAAACAUCAGCAUCAACAGUAGAGUGGUCAAUGUUAGAACUUCUUAGAAAUGCCAACAAAAUGAAAAAGGCACAAGAAGAGGUAAGAAGGCUUUUCGGAAGCAAAGGCUAUGCAGAUGAAUCAGAAUUUCGUCACUUGAAACAUGCAUCUGCAGUCAUAAAAGAAACUCUGAGGCUACACCCUCCUUUGCCACUUUUACUUCCAAGAGAAAACAGCGAAGGCUGUGAAAUUAAUGGUUAUGAAUUGCCACCUAAGACUAGGGUCAUCACCAAUGGUUGGGCAAUUGGAAGAGAUCCAAAGUACGGGCAUGAAGCCAAAAGGUUUGAACCAGAAAGGUUCUUGAAUGCCUCAGUUGAUUACAACUUUAAAGGCACAGAGUUUGAGUACUUGUCAUUUGGUCCUGGAAGGAGGAUAUGUCUUGGAGUCUCAUUUGCUACAGUUCUUGUGGAAAUCACGCUCUGCAAUUUGCUUUACCACUUUGAUUGGAAGCUUCCUGAUGGAUUAGAGCAUGAAAAAUCGGACAUGACUGAGAAUUCUGGCCCUACAGUGAGGAGAAAAAACGAUCUUUGCUUGAUUCCUAUCACAUAUUACCCUUAAUUUGUCUGCGCUAUAUUAUGUGUGCAUCUGAGUUCAGUUAAUAUAAUAUUGUUUUAUAAUUAUAUAAUUUCAUAUUUUUUGGAGAAUAAAGUCUAUUUAAAUGUUCCUUUCUCUGUUUUGCCGUU